AUGAAGGGUUUCAGGCAAAGAGUGCACGAGCAGUUAUCAAGAGCGAAAGACUCGAAUAAAUCUUCGAAGAAGAAAGACUCAACAUCCGGCACCGCGUCUCCUCUCUCGUCGUCUACCACUCUCCCUGGUGGUGACUCUAGAUCACCAAACGCCUCCAACGCUGCUACGCCGAAUUCAUCCUCCACCAAUUUGAAUGACAACCGGGGUAAAGGCACAAAUAAUGAGAGCGGACCAGCCAAUCAUAGCAAUACAUUGAAUCAGGGAGGACAUGGCGCAACCCCGGGAACCGCUUCUCAGCAUUUCAUGCCUCCAGCGCCUGGCCAAGGACCCGGGGGACCUGGUACACCCGGCCGUGGGGGCGCCCAUAUUGCUCCGAGUGUCAUAAUAAGUCCAAGUGCACCUCACAUGCCAGCACCAGGUGCUACGGAGACGAUGCCUGGAGACCUUGCACCCCCUAAAGCAGGUCAGAAGUCCUUACUAUUCGAUCGGCUCCAAAGCACUCCUAAGGAUGUCCCCGAAGGCCUGCGCACUCCCAAGCGACAACACUCCUCACGUUUCGAUGUGUCCGAUCAGAGAGCACGGGACCUGGAAAAGCUCCCAGGGUUUCACGAGGUGCCUCCCAAUCGACGACAGGAGCUUUUCAUGCAGAAGAUUGACCAAUGCAACAUCAUAUUCGAUUUUAAUGACCAAACAGCGGAUAUGAAGUCAAAGGAGAUCAAGAGACUGGCCCUUCACGAACUGUUAGACUACGUUGCAAACAAUCGAUCCGUCAUCACAGAGCCUAUGUAUCCCAAAGUCGUGGAGAUGUUCAGCAAAAAUCUGUUCCGACCGGUACCGCCACCUGUCAAUCCUCAAGGUGAAGCCUUUGAUCCCGAAGAGGAUGAGCCGGUUCUCGAGGUGGCAUGGCCUCAUAUCCAGGUCGUCUAUGAAUUCUUCCUGCGGUUUAUCGAGAGCCAGGAUUUCAAUACCAACAUUGCCAAGGCGUACAUCGACCAUCAUUUCGUGCUUCAAUUGCUUGAACUCUUCGACUCUGAGGAUCCACGGGAACGAGAUUUUCUCAAGACCACUCUACACCGGAUCUACGGCAAAUUCUUGAAUCUCCGGUCAUACAUUCGAAGGUCCAUUAACAAUGUCUUCUUCCAGUUCACAUACGAGACUGAAAGGUUCAAUGGCAUAGCCGAGCUACUUGAGAUCCUGGGAUCGAUUAUCAACGGCUUUGCAUUGCCCUUGAAAGAAGAACACAAACUCUUCCUCACCAGAGUGCUGAUUCCGCUACACAAAGUCAAGAGUCUAAGCAUGUAUCAUCCACAAUUGGCUUAUUGCAUUGUGCAAUUCCUUGAAAAGGACGCCGGUUUGACUGAAGAGGUUGUUCUCGGUCUGCUUCGGUAUUGGCCAAAGACCAAUUCCACCAAAGAGGUGAUGUUUCUGAACGAGGUCGAGGAUAUCUUUGAGGUUAUGGACCCCCAAGAAUUCGCCAAAGUUCAGGAACCACUCUUCAAUCAGUUGGCCAAGUCUGUAGCCAGCCCUCAUUUUCAAGUAGCGGAACGCGCUCUAUAUUUCUGGAACAACGAAUAUUUCUGCAACCUGGUCAGCGACAAUGUCGAGACGAUUCUACCAAUCAUGUUCGCUCCACUCUAUGAAAACUCCAAGGGUCACUGGAACCGGACAAUCCACGGCAUGGUUUAUAACGCCAUGAAGCUGUUUAUGGAAAUUAACCCGCAGUUAUUUGACGAGUGUUCCCAUGACUACAAUGAGAUGCAAAACACUGCUGGCGACCGCGAAAAAGCUCGUCAAGCCAAAUGGCAGAAGCUCAGUGAACAAGCCAACAAGAUGAAAGCCGGCGUGGCCAAACCGCCCACCACUUCGGCCAUAGCUUCGGCCAUCUACGAAGAAGCCGAGCCGGACGCUGCGCAAGACAAUCAGGAGAGGCUUGACGCCCUCAAAUUGCACGACGAGUCGUCGGUCACCAAGCCGUCAUCGGUACGUUGA